AUGGACUCCUCAAGGGGCCCUCCGCGGGUCAAGAACAAGGCGGCCGCGCCCCAGCAAAUAUCUGCGGAACAACUAUUGCGGGAAGCUGUGGACAGACAAGAGCCAGGACUACAAGCCCCAACCCAGCGGUUUGCCGAUCUGGAAGAACUCCAUGAAUUUCAAGGUCGGAAACGGAAGGAGUUCGAGGACUAUGUUCGCAGGAACAGAAUCAACAUGAACAACUGGAUGCGAUAUGCGCAAUGGGAACUCGAGCAGAAAGAGUACCGACGAGCCCGAUCAGUGUUCGAACGUGCGCUAGAUGUGGACAGUACGAGUGUGAUCUUGUGGAUCCGCUAUAUCGAGGCAGAAAUGAAGACACGGAACAUCAACCAUGCAAGGAACCUGCUCGAUCGGUCUGUCACGAUUCUUCCUCGUAUUGACAAGUUGUGGUACAAAUAUGUCUACAUGGAAGAAACACUGGGCAAUGUACCAGGGACUCGACAAGUGUUUGAGAGGUGGAUGAGUUGGGAACCGGAUGAGGCUGCCUGGCUAGCUUAUAUUAAACUGGAAAAGAGAUACGGAGAAUUUGACCGCGCAAGGGCCAUUUAUGAACGCUUCACUAUUGUUCAUCCCGAAUCCCGGAAUUGGAUUCGAUGGGCCAAAUUUGAGGAAGAGAAUGGGACCAGCCAGUUGGUUCGUGAUGUUUUUGGAGUUGCCAUUGAGACAUUGGGCGACGACUUUAUGGACGAAAAACUGUUCAUUGCGUACGCACGCUACGAGGCCAAGCUCAAAGAGUAUGAACGGGCUCGUGCGAUUUUCAAAUACGCCUUGGACAGACUUCCAAGGUCGCAAUCGACUUCUCUUCACAAAUCUUACACGCAGUUUGAAAAACAGUUCGGCAACCGUGAGGGUGUGGAAGAUGUGAUUCUUGCCAAACGGAGGGUGCAAUAUGAAGAACAGGUCAAGAGUAAUCCUCGGAAUUACGACGUGUGGUUCGAUUUUGCCCGAUUGGAAGAGACUGGGGGGGACGUGGAGAGGGUGCGGGAUGUCUAUGAAAGAGCCAUUGCGCAGGUUCCCCCGUCACAAGAAAAACGACAUUGGCGAAGGUAUAUCUACCUUUGGAUCUUCUACGCUUUGUGGGAAGAAAUCACCAACAAAGACAUCGAUCGAGCGAGACAAGUCUACCAAGAGUGCCUCAAGUUGAUACCACACAAGAAGUGGACAUUUGCCAAGAUCUGGAUCAUGAUGGCCCAAUUCGAAGUGCGCCAGAUGCAAUUAUCAGCGGCAAGGAAAACGCUGGGGCAGGCGAUCGGGAUGUGUCCCAAGGACAAGCUGUUCCGCGGGUACAUUGAACUUGAGAAACAAUUGUUCGAAUUCCUGCGGUGUCGGACCCUCUUCGAAAAACAGAUCGAAUGGAAUCCGUCCAACGGUCAAGCAUGGAUUCAGUUUGCUGAGCUUGAGCGGGGGUUGGAUGACUUGGAACGGGCACGAGCGAUCUUCGAACUUGGCAUUGAACAGCCCACUCUCGACAUGCCGGAACUGGUGUGGAAGGCAUAUAUCGACUUUGAAGAGUAUGAAGAGGACUACGAUCGAGCACGUGCACUCUACGAGAGACUAUUGCAGAAGACGGAUCAUGUCAAGGUCUGGAUUAAUUACGCACGAUUUGAGAUCAACGUCCCGGAUCCCAACGAACCCGAAAGCGGUGCGGAGGACGAACAAAAGGUGGGCGAGGAAGCGAAGAAGAAGGCGCGCAAAGUGUUUGAGCGGGCACAUGACGUCUUCAAAUCCAAGGAGAUGAAGGAAGAACGAGUGGACUUGCUCAACGCUUGGCGAUCAUUCGAACAAACUCACGGCAGCGCUGAAGAUAUCGAGAAGAUUGAGAAACAAAUGCCUCGCAAGGUCAAGAAGAGGAGAAAGAUGGAAGAGGACCGAUUUGAGGAAUACAUCGACUAUGUCUUCCCGGCGGAUGACGAAAGCGCUGCGAAGUUGUCGAAGAUGCUACAGAUGGCGCAUCAAUGGAAAGCACAGAAGCAAGUGAACGGGGAAGGGACGUGA